AUGCCCUUAUCAGCCCCUCCUCUCUUCUCCCUUCCUCUCCUCCUUCUGCUUUCUCAACUGGACUCCGCCCUCACCUGUCGUACUGCCAGCCAAUCCCAGUGUGACUCCGCCUCCUUCGUCCCCGGUCACAACCUGGCAGGGGAGGGGUUUGACGUGGUGACCCUGAAACGUAAAGGGGCCUACCUGAUCGACCUGAGGACCUACCUGUCCCCCAGUAAAACCUGUACACUGUGUAGUAACCCCCUACAGGGGAACGAGCUGCAGAAAAUACCCCUGUCUGUUGUAGACUGGAGGCCCUACAGCCACUGUACUGAGGAUAUCUCCAGCCACUCUCAUGCGUCUGUCAGUAACCUGGCACAGUCCACUACCAACGAGAUCUCUACAAAAUGGAAGGGGGGUUUGAGUAAUGAGGCGAAGGUGUCUGUAAGCGUACCUGUGGGACCUGUGAGUGUGAGUGUGGCGAAGGAUGUGGGCGCUAGCAUAGAGAUGGGAGGGUCCAGUCGGAUGUAGCCAUCUUUGCCACGACCAAGACCAAAGAGGAC